AUGGAUGAUUCAGUCAGUCCGGUGAAAUCAGUGAAGCAGUCCCAGUCCAGAGGAACCAAGGCUUUGUCCACUCACAAGUCAAAUAAAGAGACUUCUAUGCAGAGAGAGGGCACCAAGUCUGCAGCACACAGCAAAGAAAAGGAUGAUCAUAACUCAGGCAGCAGCCAGGUAAGUGGUGCUGCAGGCAAGACAUUCACAGACAGCCCUCUGGACAAGAAGAGGGGGCGGCCCACCAGACUGGCCAGACUCACCGGAAGAACCAGUUCCGGGGAGAGAGGUAAAGGCAGAGGGGCCAGCUCUCAGAACCCGCUGGCUGCACAGGCCCCUGAGUCCAGAGCAGCUGUCUCUGCAGACAGCAGCUCAUCGGCAAACAGAGAGAGCAGCCCUCCUGUUGCCCCUGCAACACCUGAGAAGGGCCUCGCCGGGCAGUCCAGGAGCUCCACUGGAGGCCUGGCCAAAGAGAGGCCGCAUGUGGUGAAAGCUGCCCUGAUGCAUCGGUCUGCUGAGGAGGCUGCUGAGGGGAGGCCUGCUGUGGAGGAAGGACUCCUCACCGAGCAGCAGCUGGGCCUCCGACAGGCUGAGGAGCGCCUCUACAGAGACUACAUCCAUAGGCUGCUGAAACAGUCCCCCGAGUACCCAAACUAUCAAUACUUAUGCAAACUCUGUUCGGUGCACAUCGAGAACAUCCAAGGGGCACACAAACACAUCAAGGAGAAGAGGCACAAGAAGAACAUAAUGGAGAAGCAGGAGGAGAACGAGCUGAGGGCUCUGCCGCCGCCCUCUGCCGGCCAGAUGAGGGCCGUGGACGCCACCGUCCUGGAAACUGCCAGGCAGCAAGGGAUCUCAGAGGAGGACUUUGAGGUCCGGAAGGCCGUGGUCACCAGGAUGGAGGAGAUCAUAAAGAGGCACCUCUCAGCCUGCUCCCUUCGUCUUUAUGGUUCCUGUCUCACCCGCUUUGCCUUCAAGACCAGUGACAUCAAUAUCGACGUCACUUACCCCUCCACCAUGACACAACCCGAAGUCCUGAUCCAGGUGCUGGAAGUCCUCAAAAACAGCCCUGAGUUUUCUGAGGUUGAAUCUGAUUUUCAUGCCAAAGUUCCUGCUGUGUUCUGUCGGUGUCGGAGCAGCGGCCUGCUGUGUAAAGUGAGUGCAGGUAAUGAUGUUGCCUGUCUCACCACCAAUCACUUGGCAGCCUUGGCUAAACUGGAGCCCAGACUGGUUCCACUGGUUCUGGCCUUCCGCUACUGGGCACGGUUGUGCCACAUCGACUGCCAGGCUGAAGGCGGCAUCCCCUCCUACUCCUUCGCCCUGAUGGUCAUCUUCUUCCUGCAGCAGAGAAAGGAGCCCAUCCUCCCCGUCUACCUGGGCCGCUGGGUUGAAGGCUUCGACUUGAAACGCGUGGAUGAAUAUCAUCUGACUGGAAUCGUGCUGGACACGUAUGUGAAGUGGGAGCACAGACCUCCGAGCUCCACAGACGGACGAGGGGAGAACCGAAACGAGGACCGGGGAGAAGGCAGAUCCAGAGCUGAGCAGAAUAAAGCUGAUGAUGUUAAGUAUUCAGAAGGCAAGAGCCGCCUCACCGUUGGGCCGGCUAAAAGGGCCACGCUGGGCCAGCUGUGGCUGGAGCUCCUCCGCUUCUACACUCUGGAGUUUGCCCUGGAGGAAUACAUCAUCAGCAUCCGCCUAAAGGAGCUCCUCUCCAGGGAGGGGAAGAACUGGCCUCGCCGCAGGCUCGCCAUUGAAGAUCCUUUCGCUUUGAAGAGAAAUGUUGCCCGUAGCCUGAACAGCCAGAUGGUGUUUGAGUACAUCCAGGAGCGCUUCCGUACAGCCUACAAGUACUUUGCCUGUCCUCAGAAGAGGGGCAGUGGAGGACGCCAAAGCGCAAAGGAAGGGGGGCAGGGUGUGAAGAAGGAAGCUCGUACGGACGAAGAUGAGCACGAUGGAAAAAAUGAAAGAAGUCCGAGCGCUCCGGGGGGGCGGCGGGGCUCGAAGGAGGCCAAGGAGCCUGACAGUGAUGAUGACGAUGGUACAGACCGGUCCAGGCAAAGGGAUGAGAGGCCUUUAGAUGCUGGUCUAAUGGACAUGGUGCUCAAUGAACGGAACAAAGCCUCCCUCUCCCCCAACGGCCUGCUGGACAGUGAUGAGGAGGAAGAGGAAGAGGAGGGAAACAGGGUUCCUGAGAGGGCCGUGCCCCCGACAUCAGAAGACGACUUGCACUAUGUGUUUGAUAAGAUGAUUUUCACUGGUGGGAAGCCUCCGACCGUUGUGUGCAGCAUCUGCAAACGAGACGGCCACCUGAAAGACGAGUGUCCCGAGGACUUCAAGAAGAUCGAGCUGAAGCCUCUGCCUCCCAUGAAUGAGCGCUUCAGAGAAAUCCUGGACGGACUCUGCAGAUUGUGCUACUAUGAAUUGUCCCCUUCCCAUAUUGAGCAGCAGAAGAGGGAGCAGAUCCUGGCUGGCCUGGAGUGGUUUAUAAGGAAGGAGUACAAUGAUAAAGCUCAGCUCUGCUUAUUUGGGUCCUCCAAAAAUGGUUUUGGCUUCCGGGACAGCGACCUGGACAUCUGCAUGACUCUGGAGGGUCAUGAGACUGCGGAGAAGCUGAAUUGUAAAGAGAUCAUUGAAGGCCUCGCUAAAGUGCUGAAGAAGCAUACAGGUUUGAGGAACAUCCUGCCUAUCACCACAGCUAAAGUGCCUAUCGUGAAGUUUGAACACAGACUAAGCUGUCUAGAGGGAGAUAUUAGCCUUUAUAACACCCUGGCUCAACACAACACCAGGAUGUUGGCCACAUAUGCAGCUCUGGAUCCACGUGUGCAGUUCCUGGGGUACACCAUGAAGGUCUUCGCAAAGCGCUGCGACAUUGGGGAUGCCUCCAGGGGAAGCCUCUCCUCCUACGCGUACAUCCUGAUGGUGCUUUACUUCCUCCAGCAGAGGCAGCCGCCAGUCAUUCCCGUCUUGCAGGAGAUCUUUGAUGGUAACGCUGUUCCCCAGAGGAUGGUGGAUGGAUGGAACGCCUUCUUCUUUGACAACCUCGAGGAUCUGCGGCGGCGUCUCUCCGACCGUCAGCCCAACACGGAGUCGGUGGGGGAGCUGUGGCUGGGGCUCCUCCGCUUUUACACAGAGGAGUUUGACUUUAAGGAGCACGUCAUCAGCAUCCGGCAGAGGAAACGUCUCACAACGUUUGAGAAACAGUGGACCAGCAAGUGCAUCGCCAUUGAAGAUCCCUUUGAUUUGAAUCAUAACCUUGGGGCAGGCGUUUCUCGGAAAAUGACAAAUUUCAUCAUGAAGGCCUUCAUCAAUGGAAGGAAGCUGUUUGGAACACCCUUCUUCCCCAUCCCCGGCACUGAAGUGGACUACUUCUUUGACUCAAAGGUGUUGACAGACGGCGAGCUGGCUCCCAACGACAGGUGCUGCAGGAUCUGUGGAAAGAUCGGACACUACAUGAAGGACUGUCCAAAGAGGCGCAGGAUGAAGAAGAAAGAGAACGAUAAAGACGAGGAUGUGAAAGAGGAGGACCGGGAGACUAAGGACAGGCGCUGCUUCCAGUGCGGGGACCCGGGCCACGUCCGCAGGGACUGCCCCGAAUACCGCCACCUGAAGCAGAGGAACGCCGGGACGGCAGCUCCUCACGUGGUGCGAACAGUGGCGAGCUCCCAGUCCAUUCCCGUUCCCCUCUCAGCUGCCGACUGUCCUGGAAGGACCCGGCAGUCCUCUGAAUGUUCUGACAGCCGGCAGACUCCGCCCUACUCCCCGCAGCCCGCCGCUGCCCCCCAGAGUUCCUCCCAGUCCUCUGGUUCCCCUCAGCCCUCCCACAGCAAAACCAGCCCAGCUGGUGUCCAGAAGCAGCCGGCCCACCCGCAGCACCACCCACACCAGUCCCAGGGGCAGCCUCACCACCCAGUCCACAUCCCCUCCACGUCCUGGCCGAUCCACGGCCCAGUCCUCACUUCAUCUGCUCCCACCAUCCCCUCCCCACCCGGCCUGAAAUUCGCCCUGCGUUCGGCCUCGAGUCCCAACAGCUCGGGGGGGAACCCCAACCCCAUGAAUCUGAACGACCCGAGCAUCAUCUUCGCCCAGCCGGCGGGGAGGCAGCUGGGCAUCGGGGGGCCAGGACUGGAGGCGCACUGGCACAACCACUUGGCACAACAGGGCUCACUCAUGGGAAAUGGCACUGUGGUCAAGUCAGAGUCAGGCCACCAAGCCCAGUCUGUCGGUGUGAGCCAAGGUUCCCGCUUAUGGGAGCACAACAAACCCCCCCAGUACACCCUGUCCCCCUCCUGGCCCUACAGGAUGCCCCAGAACUUCAUCCAGCAGGGAAACGGAGGCUUCCAGCCUGGGAAACCCUUCAUGGCUCCAGGCUCCGUGGUGCAUCCCAAUCCAAACUUCCCACUGGUCCCUCACGUCCGGCAUCAAGUCAACCUGAAUUUUAUCCAACAGAAGAAAUAAAGUUGCAUCUUUUUAAUUAGGUUUACGGUCAGUAAUGAAGCAAAAUCAUGUACUCUUUGCAUCACAUGAAAGUUUUUAAAAUGAAUUUUAUCAUUUUUGUACAGUUUUUAUGUUUUUUUUUUGUCUCAUUACAUUGAUUUGUGAUACAAAUGUCAAAUAUUUUAAUACCCCCGUUUUUGAGGGGGUCCAAAAGUGUUUUUAUGUUGUGUGUAAAGUAAGGAGGAAAGAUGCAAACCUUUAUUUUUAUCAGCUGUGUUCAGACUUUGCUUGCAGCUAGAUGAAGGCUUUGAAUAGAUGUUUGUUUUAAAAACAAUCUAACGUGUCCCCGCGAGUAUGUAGUGCCAAAAGCAGAGCUAGCAAGAAAAAAGGGAAAAAAAAGCUUAAAGAUAGAAAAAGCUACAAAAAUAAAGAAAAAAGCAAGC